UCCGUUGUCGUGUAGGCACGUACCGCUUUUUCGCGCACGCGGUUGCCAUGCCACAGUUAUUCUAGUCUACUAAGUAAAUUUUUUUUGUUUUUUUUAUUUAGUACGAGUUACUAAUUGUCUAAUUAAACGUGUAUUAAGUUAUAACUUCUGAUUAGUGAAUUAUUUUAUGUGAUCAAAGAUUAGUUAUAUCUUUAUACAGUUAGUGAUUAUUUUUGGAUGUACUUUUUAAAUUAUUGUGUAAAAAAAUUUUAUUAAAAUGCUCAAGUGGACAGUAUCUAGAUCAAUGUCAACCGCAAGUUCGGCGUCCCACGGUCCACCUACAAUACACAAGACCACUCGCCGGCCUUUUUGCGAUCUCUCAAACACACCACCUGCUAGUGGAACAAGAUCAAGAGUCACACCACAAACAAACAUUGAGAUAGAUCAUAAUGCCACAGGUAGAUCAACUCCAGGACGUCGAAGACGCUGUAGAAGUCACGGAAGCGAUGUUCGUGCCUACUUUCAGGCCACAAAGCCAAAUACAAGGCCAAACAAACGUCAAUCAAUCGCAAAUGAAACCUUGGAAUUGCCAAAGACGGAAAGCUCUUACCAAAGGACACCUCGAAUAGACACUGAUAUUGGUCCUUUGACAUAUAUUCCUGAAAAUUAUCAUAUUUCUAAAUGUCCUAUAGCUCUUACUCUACCAACAGACCCUACAUCAUUGUCUCGUGCUUAUUCAAAGACUUUUAACCAUGUCAAUAAUAACGAACUACCUCAAAAUGUAAUGAAUGAAGCACGUGCAAAUCUUCAGUCACAUGUAUCAGACUUUUUCCAACAAAUAUCUCUUGCAGGAAGUCCUGAAGAUGUUAUGGAAGCUGAUUCUGUACCGUUAUCAAAGUCUAGACUAUUUUUUAAAAAUAAUGAUAGAACUAAAUCUAGCCCUAAUGAUAAUUGUAAAUCAAUUUAUUAUCCAAAAUUAACAAAAAUAAGUAAAUUACACACAAGAUGUAAAACACCGUAUCAUACAAAAGUACCUCCGUUUAAAUUAAAAGAAACUCCUCUUGCAAAAGAACUAGCAGAUUUAAAAAUAAAUCAGGAUAUCCCUAAAUUUGAAAAUAUGAACAAUACAGUUACGGAAAUAAUAAAUGAACAGCAACAAACAAAUGUUUGUAAUAAUAAAAUUGAUGAAAAAAUAAACAAUAUAGAUUCUGAUAAAGAAAAACAAAAGUCUGAGACAAAUAGUGAUACAAUGAAAUCAAAUUUAAAUGAUGAUAAAAAUAAUGUAGAUAAUAAUUAUGAAUCAGUAGAAGAAAAAAUGAUAGAUGAUGAGGGUAAAGCUAAGCACAAUGACAGUUCGGUAUCUUCAGCUAGUCAACUAUUGGAAAAUCCUUCACCGAUAUCUUGGGCGUUUCGGUCUCCUUCGAUUGAUUCCGAUGGAGAAUUUACUCUUAAACGACAGCGAGGAAUUAGAAGAAAACGUCAACAAAAAGAUCAGGGUACAAAUAAAAAUUCGGUUAGUAAAAGAGCAAAAACACGAUCUCAAAGUAUCAGUCCAGGGACAAAAAAAAAAAUUUUAGAAACUCAAGAACCUCCGAUUGAGGCUGUGAAUCUUCAUGUUAAAAAGUUACCCCUUGAGACAGACUUGGACUCAACAUUUGGUGAAAAAAUAGACUCUAAAGCAUUAAAUCAGUGUCAAAAAAAUGAUGAAACCAAGACAAAUUUGUGGGAUCUAGAUAGUCCGAAAUCGUCUUUGAUUGAUGAUUUUCCAAGCUCUAAAAGCUCAUUUGUUCAUUCUGUCAAUGAAACGCCUGAAGCACCGCUAAUUGCCACUGUCAGACGAUGUCUCAAGUACAGUCCUGAAGUUGAAAUACCAAAAUCCAACUCCAGAUCGUCUAUUGAACUAGAGUAUAAUAUCAUCGGAGACUGUAUUCAUGUUCGAGUAAUCCGUUGUAAGGAUUUAAAACGUUCAUACGAAGGAUCAAUCCAUGCCUACGUAAAGGUGAGCAUAAAAAAUACAAAUGGUGAAGGUGUAGUAAAAAGAACAGCAGUACAUCGUGCAACACCAAAUCCAGUAUUUCAUGAAACAUUAAUUCUACCUUAUCCGACUCACAACAACUGUACAAACAGAUCUACGUCCCUUGAUAUCGCCGUUUGGCAUCGAGAUCGACGUGCAAGACGCAGUGAGCUCCUGGGCUGCAUGACUCUACCCCUACCUUUGGCACAGGAUAAGGAAGCGACAUGGCAUCCUCUACAAGUGGGAUCUGCUCGAAAGACAAGUACACCAUAUGCAAAAUUACCCCAAGAAUGUACAGUAUCACCACCUCUAUCAAAAGACGGGGAUCACGCAGACAACAAUUCCAAUGCAGAUGAUUAUACAUAUCUCAGACACUUGGAAUUAGAGCCUUUAGAUGAAUUAACAGGACUACCACUCCAUCCUGGAUUCACCGCCAGAGGUGGUAGAACACCUUGUACAAUAACUCGACGUUUAAUUCGACAAAGCGGCGCGAAACAGAUUCCGUGGGGUUUCUCGUUAUCUUGGGGUCGUCCUCCUCGAGUGGAACGCGUGGAUCCAGGAAGCCCAGCAGAACGAUCAGGUUUGAAGCCUGGUGAUCAUGUUGUCUUUGUAGACACAACAAAUGUAGUCACGCGACUUCGCGAAGACAUACUCAACUUAAUUCAAGCAGCUACAAAUCAACUUAUUCUUGAAAUUUACCGCAAGUCAGGCGCACAUGCUAUCACGCAACGACCUAGUCUGGUGAACGUAACGUUACAACCUGCGCUAGAUCAUCCGAACAGCCAGGGAGCGAUCGCCUUCACCGCUGAGGUAUUUCCACAUAUUUCACCUGAUGCCCCUCCGGAGGAGGAACUUAUCGUGAGAGAAACUCGAUACUGGGGAGCUUUAAAAAGCGGUAUAUCUCGUUUUUGUACACCAUUAGCAGAACAUCGGGAUAUAUUGUCAGCUACAGAUCACGCAAUUCUAUUUCAAAAUCUCGAGGAAUUAUUAAAACUGUCAGAAGAGAUAAGAGAUGAGGGUGGUGGCGUAGAAAGUUAUUUAACUCGAAUACCACGAAUCACUGCAAGUUAUCGUAGAUAUUUGAGUGGUCUUCAAAGAGCUUGUUGUCUGCUAGUGGCAUUAAGGAGGAAUUCAGUAUUUACUAAGCUGGUAUGUGAACCAGCUGUUCCUCAUAAACGUCGUCCUGAUAUAACUGGAGUUUUAUUACUCCCGCUGGAGCACUACAGAGAAAUGACAAGACUACUCGGCCUUGCUUCACCAAGGAAUUGUCAGAAAGCUAGAGAUCUUGCUCAAGGUUAUCGAGAGGCCACUGCCAAUGCUGGAGUCAUGGAACCUCCCAGGGAUACUGGAAGGCCUCUAUUAAGUCUACAAGAAGUUGAAUCCCGAUUAGUGUUUGCUAGAUGCAGACCCUUCACUCUUGCAAUGCCCGGCAGACAAUGGUUAUUUGGUGGAGCAUUGGCAAAAGUUGAAGGUCGUCGGCUUCAACCAUCAUGGGCACUUUUGUUGACUGAUCUACUGGUAUUUGCACGUGUAUCACGUGAUCGUGUUCUUUUUGUAACGGAAGAGCCACUUCGGUUAUCAAGUAUCGCUGAAGCAUGUUUUACUGUACGUAAACGACCUACUGAAUUUCGUUUGCAAGUAUCAAUUACACCAAAUGGUAGUUAUCAAAAUGGGAAUAUGGAAACAAUUCACAGUGGUGGUUGUAGUCCCCAUAGUCGUCCACGAAGACGUAUUCUUAUUUUACGUGCACCUACUCCUGAGCUCAAAGCUGUUUGGCAUAAUCUUCUACAGCGUCAAAUCAUCUAUGUGAAUACAGGCUGCACGGAUACACCGAGUAUGCACAGUCCUGAAGAAAGUCAAUAUACUGGUAAUCAUUUCACUAUUGCUUGUGAUCCCGGUGCUAGUCCCCAGAUUACAAUUUCAAGAAACUCUCACGAGCCUGAGGAGGAUAAACUUCAACAUGAUCAAAAUAAUUUAGAGUCAAUUAUAAAACCAAUUAAUAAUUCAAGUCAAGACAAUAUUCAUUUAGCUCAAUGGGUUCGUAAUUCUCAUCAGAUACCACCACCAGAUUAUGAAGUCCCACCAGAAGAAUGGACAGUUGAAGAAUUGGCAGCUCGAGCACCUAAAGAAUCAACCAGUGUUCAGGUUCACGAGCAAGGAAUCGAAGAUAAUGUUGCUGCUAAUUCAGAUCAAGAACAACACAGUACUACUUCGAGUGCCAGUUUAUCGACAGUUAAAUCUACCAGCGUUAAUCCUAAAAAGAAUGGCAACGUUUUUAAAGAUGCACCAUCUGGAUCUAUCAACAUCUGCCGAAGGUGCCACAGGUCUGGAUGUCCAACUCCGCCACCUCCGAGGGAUCCUUUUUCGCCUCUUCCACCAAGAAUAUCUGUUCUUCCACCAACGCCCGAUCUAUGUCCAAAUUAUAAAUUAAAAAAUGGACCUCAAGAUAGUCCAAGUAAAAACUGUAUUCCAGCAGAUGAAAAUGAAAACACCGAAGAUGGCAGUGAAGAUGAUUUGGACUGCGAUGAUGAGCCACCUUACAGAGCACUUAGAAGAUUUGGUACUAUGAGCAGCUUAGAUCAAGAAGAUGAAUUAGACGAACAAGCUGAUGAUGAAAAUCGUGAUUUAGAGUCACCACCAACAGGGUUACGGUCUUGGACAGCGAGAGCUAGUGAUUUUGUCGUUAGUAAAAUGGUUUUUUUAGAGCAAUUGAGUGAAGGAGUUGGUAGUUAUCUACUUCAACCUCCCGUACCUCCCGAAAGAACAGAAUUUUCAUUAGAUCCUAAUGAUGAUGAAGGCACAACUUCCGGUGGGACAUCUGGUGAUGACAUAUGGGGAACUCCAACUUCAGGUGGACCAGAUGAUGACAGUUUUACCGCAAGCCCCCCGUCUGUCAAUGGCGUCACUGGCGAGGACAAUUUUGGGCUGACUUUAAAUGCUGAUGAUGAUGCAGACGAGAGUGGUGACUCAGAAGACUGCAAUGUGCCUGAAAUCAGUAUGGAUCAACUGCUAGGUAGCAGUAAUUUUUCAUCUCUACGUUGUUUUCUUAAUCGUAGACGACUGGAACCACUUCCUGAAGAAGACGAUUCAUCUGGAAAUGACAAGAAUCAAGUUGGAUGGUGGUGACAGAGGUUGCAGUCCGCGAGUUUGAGUAGCGGCGAUGAUGAAAUUAAAAAUAGAGACCGAAUAUUCGCUAAAUUAAGUCAAGAAGAUGAAGAAUUUCGUAAAAAAAUUUUGGAUCUCCAUAAAAAACUUUUGGAUGUUGAUGGAGAUUCUGUUAAUAAUUUACCGGUUAAGAAAUCUGAAAAACGAGUAACAUUAGUGGAAACAGCAUCUCCGAAGCCACUAGAUGCAGGGAGAAUUUUGAAACCAGCAUUAAAAAAUUCGAUUGUUAGUUCCAGCGAUGAAGCUGAAAGUAUUUCUAGGAUGCUUGAUAGAAGACGAUUGAAAAGAAUGGAUCUCGAUCACGAGAGGAAAAAACAUUUAGAACAACUGAGAAGACGGUCAGAAAGAAUCGAUGAAGUUUCUGAGGAUGAUGAAGACGAACAAAUAACAGUGAGACCUAAUGAAACAACUUUUCUCAAUCGUUUAAGGAUUCGCAGACGUAGCAUUAAGUUGUUAAGUUUUUUAAGUGGCAAAUCUUCAGACAAAUCUCACGAGGAACGAGCAUCCAGAUUAUUAAAAAUGUACAUGCCUGAAAAAUGUACCAAAGGACAAAAUACUAUUUCCAUUCAUCAUCAUACGUCCAGAAGUAGAAGAUUUUGGAAACUCCGUAGUCGCAGAAAGAAUUAUCCUUAAAAUUAUUAUUUUUUAAAU